AAUUGCAAUAGGAGAGAGCAAGAUGAUUGCACCAAGAUAACACUAGUUAAUUUGAAGAUUGCAAAUCCAAAAAUUAUAUGAGACAAAGUAUGCAAUUCUAAACAUGAUAUGAACAAAUUAAUUUUCCUAAUGAAAAUUUUAUGUUCAUACUAGCAGUAUCACCAUAUGUCUGUGCAACUUCAUCGCACGAUUCAAACCUUUGCAAGUUCUAUCAUACGAAAGCCAAAAUGUUCUUUACUUGACAAAAAUAAAAAAUUGAAUGAGUUGUCAAAACUGGGCCAAACUGAUGAAGCACGAAAGAUGUUUGAUAAAAUGCCUGAGAAAGACGAGUUUACAUGGACUACAAUGGUUGCGGCAUAUGGCAAUGGAGGGAGGCUUGUUGAAGCAAGGCAAGUGUUCGAGGAGAUCCCAAUUAAGAGUUCAAUUACUUGGUCUUCUCUUAUUUGUGGAUACUGUAAGCAUGGUUUUGAAAUUGAAGGAUUUGAAUUUUUUUGGCAAAUGCAAAGUGAGGGGCAUAGGCCUAGUCAGUUUACAUUGGCAAGUAUUUUGAGAAUGUGCGCGAUAAAAGGUUUGCUCUCGAGAGGUGAACAGAUACAUGGAUAUGCUAUUAAGACUUGUUUUGAUAUGAAUGUUUUUGUAAUGACUGGACUUAUUGAUAUGUAUGCGAAGUCUAAGCGUGUCUUGGAGGCUGAGUGUAUUUUCCAAAUUAUGUCUCAUGGGAAAAAUCACGUUACUUGGACUGCUAUGAUUAAUGGGUAUUCUCAAAAUGGUGAUGCAUUAAGAGCAAUUCAGUGUUUUAGCAGCAUGCGUGCAGAAGGGAUUGAGGCGAACCAGUAUACAUUUCCAGGUGUUUUGAGUUCAUGUGCUGCACUCUCUGAUAUUAGAUUUGGGGUGCAGGUACAUGGUUGUAUUGUUAAUGGUGGUUUUGAGGCCAACGUGUUUGUUCAAAGCUCGUUAAUCGACAUGUAUUCUAAAUGUGGAGAUUUGGACAGUGCUAAGAAGGCAUUGGAACUGAUGGAGGUAAAUCAUGCAGUUUCUUGGAAUACCAUGAUACUUGGGUAUGUGAGGAAUGGAUUUCCAGAGGAGGCACUGUCUCUGUUCAAAAAGAUGUAUGCUAGUGAUAUGGAAGUGGAUGAGUUUACGUAUCCUUCGGUUCUGAAUUCCCUUGCUUGUAUGCAGGAUCCCAAAAAUGGGAAAUGUCUUCAUUGCUUGGUUGUUAAAACUGGAUAUGAGAGCUACAAGCUUGUUAGUAAUGCACUUAUUGAUAUGUAUGCCAAACAGGGAGACCUAGCUUGUGCGAUUAAUGUUUUCAACAGCAUGGUUGAGAAGGAUGUAAUCUCAUGGACAUCACUUGUCACUGGUUGUGCUCACAAUGGCUUUUAUGAAGAAGCUCUGAAAUUAUUCUAUGAGAUGAGAACGGCUGAAAUUAAACCAGACCCAAUUAUCAUUGCUAGUGUUCUAAGUUCUUGCUCAGAGUUGGCACUACAUGAACUUGGGCAGCAAGUUCAUGCGGAUUUUAUUAAAUCUGGCCUUGAGGCAUCAUUAUCAGUUGAUAAUUCUCUUAUGACAAUGUAUGCCAAUUGUGGGUGCCUUGAAGAUGCCAAAAAAAUAUUCAUCUCAAUGCAAAUGCAUAAUGUGAUCAGUUGGACUGCUCUCAUAGUGGCUUAUGCCCAGAAUGGCAAAGGAAAGGAGUCUCUGAGAUUUUUUGACGAGAUGAUUGCGAGUGGAAUAGAACCUGACUUUAUUACAUUUAUAGGCCUGUUGUUUGCUUGCAGCCAUACAGGCCUUGUUGACGAUGGAAAGAAGUACUUCGCUUCAAUGAAGAAAGAUUAUGGGAUAAAACCAAGCCCUGAUCACUAUGCAUGUAUGAUCGAUCUUUUGGGCCGUGCGGGGAAAAUACAGGAGGCUGAGAAGUUAGUUAAUGAAAUGGAUAUUGAACCUGAUGCUACUGUGUGGAAAGCAUUGCUUGCUGCAUGUAGAGUACAUGGGAACACAGAUCUAGCAGAGAAAGCUUCAAUGGCCCUCUUUCAGCUGGAACCACAAGAUGCUGUCCCUUAUGUUAUGUUGUCAAAUAUCUAUUCUGCUGCUGGAAAAUGGGAAAAUGCAGCAAAACUUAGAAGAAAAAUGAAUUCGAAGGGUUUAAACAAAGAGCCUGGUUAUAGUUGGAUUGAGAUGAAUGGAGUGGUGCACACAUUUAUAUCUGAGGAAAGAAGUCAUUCAAAGAGUGAUGAAAUUUACUCAAAACUUGAGGAUGUUAUUGCAUUGAUAAAGGAAGCUGGAUAUGUGCCAGACACAAUUUUUUCUCUCCAUGAUAUCAAUGAAGAAGGAAGGGAACAAAGUCUUUCCUAUCACAGUGAGAAAUUGGCUAUUGCUUUUGGGCUUCUUUAUGUGCCAAAAGGAGUACCAAUUCGGAUUUACAAGAACCUUCGUGUAUGUGGUGACUGCCAUAAUGCAAUGAAAUUCGUGUCAAGAGUGUUUGAUCGACAUAUUAUUUUGCGAGAUUCAAAUUGUUUUCAUCAUUUUAAGGAAGGGAUAUGUUCUUGUGGGGAUUAUUGGUAGAAAACACUCCUUUAAUUUUUUGUGGCUCUUGUUUCCUUUGCGCUUGGAAAGAUAAGAACAUUCAAUUUUAUUGAUUGGGUUUGCAGCUCAAUCCAAGGUUUACAGUUCACAUCUGUAUAUUACUAACUGCUAACAAUGCAGAUCAUUUAUUGGAAAAUGGAAACUAAAAGUUAAAGUUUUAUGCAGCUCAAUGUGAAUGAUAAGAUUUAUUGAAAUUGAUUGCUCUCUGAGACUUAUAAGAGAGUCGAUCCCUUGUCCUUAUUUCGCAGCAAUCUCCCACGGCAGGCACCAAUUGCCACUCCCCGGCAUCAGGGAGAUAACUUGUCCUCAUUCUGAGAAAUAUUUUUGACUCCGUGAAGGCAGGGUCCGAUGAUCCUGAAGAAAGCUUCGUUCUACAUGAUUAUGUGACGAGUUUUCCUACACAGUUAAAGUUGGGAGUAUAUCCUUUUCAGUCGACAAAUUACCCAACCAGAAUAGGGACCUGAAUGUUCAUGCCAUAGAUAAGUCCAUGCUAGUACUUCUGUCUUGUGAAAAUCUGUGUGUUGCCUUGAGAGUAAAGAUAGACAUUAAUCCAAUGCAAAACCAAUAUGUCGUUGUCUUAGGUAGUUUACUGUUGUUUAUAUGGCAUGCAAAGUUAAUCCUAAAAGAAAGGUAAAGUAAAGGUGUAGGUGCAUGCUAGCUUAUAGUAUAAUGUUCUGAAGGCAAAGAUGUUUUUACUUUUUGAUUUAAACUAAUGGAUUUUCUUUGAUUCCGUCGCCUUCCCUAAUAGCAAGAUUUGGGAAGUCCUCAUAAAUGAAAAAGAUGGUUAAUAAUGUCAUUUCUGGGGUGUGGGUGGGGUAAUUUUCCUGAAGUGAGUGUGAUACUGUUGUACCUGUUGCUUGGGAUCCUAAGUUUCCUCAUUCUCUUCCUUUUUGUUUAUGCUAAAUGCUGUGGAUUCGAUGAUGCUGAUCCUUUUAGUUGUAUUGCCAUGUGAAAAAAUGUUUUUGCUUCUGACGGUUCAUGCUCUUCUAAUUUACUGAUUCUCCUGAAAGUAGAGUCCUGUAGUGAAGUGUCCUUAUAACUCUACAGGUUCUUGCUAGCUGUUUGGUGUUAAUAAAGAAAAAUUUGAUGGAAAAUAGCAUUCAUUGAACAAUGGUUUUUAUGAAAGAAGAAAUAUCAGCUGGCAGUGAUAAAUGGAUGAAAUCUUCGUAAGAUUGAGGGUAUUCUGUGUACUUUCAAAAAGAAGCAUGUGAUGCAAUUUUGAGGGUAAAUACACUUAUUUGUAAAACUAAAUUGUGUAUGGAAUUAUAUUCCUUUGGAGUUUGAAAGGUAAAAAGUAAGUGGGUCACUGUUUACAAGAUUAAGAUCUAAAAGAUGAAUCAUAUGUUUUAGCAAAAAACUCAGUGUCUUUUUGCUUGAUAUCAUUAGAUCAAACAUAAAAAUUACUGGGGCCUUAAGUAGGUGUGCACCGCCAGCUUUAUGACUCUUCAGCAGUGCAAAAUUAUACAAUGACAAUCUCUUGAAUGGGAAAUUCCAAUCUUCUCGUUUGCCCUUUCUUUCCAAGGAUGCCUGUGUUUUUUUCUAGAUGAAGUGGAUGGUGGUUAUAUUUCAGAAGUCUAGAUAGCUUACUUUCAUAUUUAUAUUUCUCUUAAUGUCUUGUCAAUGAAUUGGUUGAUGUUCUGAUUUUGAAUGAACGCUAUCAAGUUCGUUCACAAAUUUCUUAUUCUUAUGCAAAAGUAUAAGAACUUCUGCAAUUUCUUGUUCCUCUAUGUAAAAGUUUGAUAACUUUA